ACAACACCUUCCAUCCCAGUCCCGUCCCGGACGACAAUGUUGCAGGGCGUCGGCACGAGCUCCCGGGCGGUCACGCCGCCGACCCGGAGCCGGAGCCGGAGCCCGCUGUCGAUUGCGCCGGAUGUGUUUGGGCCUGUGGGUACUAAGGAAUUACAACAGAAAGUACAGGCAGUACUAGAGCAACGCCAAGAAACGCUGGGCCCACUGCCUCCGAUACUGCUACCACAAAUAUCGCCCCUGCAGCGGCGGCGCCAGAACCAGAAGCCGCUCCCGGCGCUACAGAUAUCGACCGAAACGCUGAUGGCGAAAUUCGAAGCACAGAUACAGCCGAAACUCAGGACACCAACACACGAGCAUGCAUUGUCUGCCCGGUCACAUUUCGCCACACCGUUGCCGGUGCAAAUGGACUCGUAUCAGCCCACGAGCGAGCAGCUGGUUGUCCCGAUGAUGCAAAAGAGCGAGGAGCUGUUUGUCCCGAUGAAGCGCACGAGCUCGGAGCUGGAUUGGGACAUCGAUGGAGAUGGAGAUGCAGGUCCGCGGAAGCGCCGGCGGGCGGAAAGUAUGCAGACCGUCGUCGAGGAGGGGCCAGCGAUACCCGGGGGGGCGACGGAUCCAGGCCGGGUCCAAAAACUAAUGCGAAUCCGAAUCCGAGAGGAAAAGAAAAGAGUUGCGAGAAUUUUAUGGAGCAAUGUCACGGCGGCUCGGGCUCAAGUACACGAGCAGCCACGACCGCAACCGACGGAUUCUCCGUACGAAGAACAACCAAUCCUUUCGCCGGAACCCGAAGCCCUUUCGGCGCCGGGAUUGGCCGGGCCGGGAACGCCGCCGCCGCCGACUACGACUUCACCACCACCAACCACGACGGGGUCGCUGAAGCGCACGGAGCUGGAGUGGGCGUGGGCGUGGGAGGUCGAUCCAGAUGCGUUUAUGCGGAUCGGGAAGCGCCCGUGGGUGGAAAGUAUGAACACUGUCGCCGAGGGGUGGCCCGCCGAGCCGGCGAUACUGGUGCCGGGACCGGAUCCCUGGCCGGCAGCGGCGGAUCACGAGUGUGUUUAA